UGAAAUAUUUACAAAAUUUUGCAUAAAACUCUUAAUUUUUUAUGUAAUGAAUUUUAUUAAUCUACCAAUUGAUGUUGGUGUAUUAAUUUUUAACUAUUUAAAUACGAAAUCAAAGAUCAACGUUUAUAGCAGCUGCAGUAGACUGAGGGAAUUUUUUGCGCCUUGUCAUGUAAAAAAGCUGGUUCUAUCCAGAAGUACUUUAGCUGUAGUGAAAACAUUGAACCAUGGUUUAUUUUUGGAGCUAGGACUAUACAUCCAAGAACUUUGUUUAAGUGGUAUGCCAGAUUUGACAUCAGAAAAUUUAAAAUUACACAUCACUAAGUUUCCCAAUUUAACAACACUAGAUAUUACUUUUACGGAUGUGUACUUAUCUGAUUUUGUUAAAAUAUGUCCUAUUAAUUUAAAGAAUUUGGCCAUUAAUUUUUUUAAACAGCCGAGAAAAAGUAAAAAUGAAGAGAUAUGGAAAGAGUGCAGGCAAGUGUUUGAAAGUAGAAAAUUUACAAAAGUGCAUUUUGUAGUUUUCGAGCUACUCGAUUCUGAGACUCCAUUGAUGUUCUUAGAAGGAUUACCUAUAGUUGAAGAUUUGAAAGUAACAAUCGCUGAUAAUUAUAAAAAAAAUUACGAUUCAGACAUUAACGAGACUGUAGAUGAUAAAAUUUACGAUAUUAACUUUUCACAGCUAUUUUACGUAUUACGAGAUUGUCGAGUAACACACAAAAACUCAAAAUGCUUAAGAGGCGUCGCAAAUUUAGAUUUUAAACGAAUAGAGUACAUUUUUAUUAUGUACUUGGAAAGAAUUGUAAUAUAUGUAUCACCGGUUCUACGACAUUUAUUUUUAGGAAACUGUCAAGACUUGAAAGUGGAGGUUUGUUCGCAAUUACCUUUGGAUUUUAUGCUUGAUGGGAAUAUUAUCUUCAGAGCUUGGAGCAAGGACAUCAACUUCAAUGAUGACUUCAUGAAAAAGUUACUUUUGGAUUUAAAAGACUACUUCCCGACGUAUAUUUGUAUGCACGAUAACGCUAUAACGAAGGUGAUCAAUUCUAAGAAUGAUUGGUAUUGUAUAGAUGCUUGUCAGAGCAUUAGGAAGGUUACGAGUAUGAUAGAAAAGUUAACGCUCAGUGAUUUUUGCAGAGUAAAAGGCAUGGUGAUGACGUGCGAGCGCCCUUUCAGUUUCUUAUUUGGUCCGGAAGUUGUUAAGAAUUUGUCAUAUUUACGCCUUAGCAACGUUUAUCUGACAGAUUUUGCAGUUUUGUUUUCAGCAUGUUCAGUAUUAGAGACCUUGGAUAUAUAUGUCGAAAAGCCAGAAACUCAGGAUUUCUGUCAAGGCUUUACUCUCCCUCAGUCAAUUAAUUUAGUCAAGAAUUUGAAAAAUAUCAAGGUGACAACAGAAGAUAUUGUGUAUAACUUAUUGUUCGAGACUUUGAGUCAAUGCGCGAUGUUGGAAAAUAUUCACAUCUGCGAGUACGAAAGAUGUUUCGAGGAUAGCGAUGUAAAUGUUGACAAAAUAGAGCUUAUGAUUGAAAAUUGUAAGAACUUAUAUAGUUUGUAUAUCGAGACUGAAAUGUCAGCGGAGAAUUUAACAAUGUUCAUGAGUCCUAUAAAACAAAUAGCACAAAAAUUAGAAAGGAACCACCUUCAUAUCGAAGUAUGUGAUUGUUACCGGGGAUGGAACCUUUUUGGAGACGUUUUUAAUCCAAGUCCAUUACAUAUACUCGAUUAG